UUUCAAACUGAAAUUUGGUUCAUCGGCCAGAGUUUCAGAGGGCAAGAAAGAGAGAAAGAAAUAAAGAACGAAAGAAAGAAAGAGAGAGAGAGAGAAAAAGCAAAAGGAAAACAAAUAAAGAUUUGGAAGAUGAACGGAUCUUCAGAGCUUGUUUUACCACCAGGGUUUAGAUUCCACCCAACAGAUGAGGAGUUAGUUUAUCACUAUUUGUGUAGAAAAUGUAGCGGCUUGCCUAUUGCUGUGCCAAUUAUCGCUGAAAUUGAUCUCUACAAGUUCAGUCCAUGGGAGCUUCCUGCAAAGGCGCUUUAUGGUGAGAAAGAAUGGUACUUUUUUUCUCCAAGAGACAGAAAAUAUCCGAACGGGUCAAGGCCUAACCGGGCGGCCGGAAAUGGGUAUUGGAAGGCGACAGGGGCGGAUAAGCCCAUUGGAAAGCCCAAAGCAGUUGGUAUAAAAAAAGCACUUGUCUUUUAUGCUGGAAAAGCUCCUAGAGGAAUCAAAACCAAUUGGAUCAUGCAUGAAUAUCGCCCAGCUAAUGUUGAUAGAUCUCCUUCCAAUAAGAACAACUUAAGGCUUGAUGACUGGGUCUUAUGUCGAUUAUAUAACAAAAAGGGAAGGAUAGAGAAGCAUUACCCUAUUGAUAGAAAAGCAAUGGAACUACCAGAAAUGGAGGAGCAAAAGCCUGACAUUAAACUUUCGGCUCAAAAUUUGACAAUGUAUCCACAGCAAUCACCAAUGAAUAAUGACUUAUUACACAUGGACACUUCAGAUUCGUUACCGCGAUUACAUACGGAGUCGAGUUGCUCGGAGCACGUAUUGUCGUCGCCGGAGAUCACCUAUGACAAGGAGGUGCAAAGUGAAGCUAAAUGGAAUGAGUUGGAAAAUGUAUUUGAUGAUUUUGAAUUCAAUUACUUGGACAGCUUCCAGGAUAACCCAUUUGGUUCACAAGUGCAGUAUCAAAUGGAGCAAUUAUCCCCAUUACAAGACAUGUUUAUGCUUCUACAGAAGCCAUUUUGAUCAAAUUAUCAGUAAAAAAAUACAUUCUUUGUAUUACAUUGGGAUUUAUACGGUGGGCCAAGCUAUAGUUAAGUCCUUGUUGGUGAAGUUGCACGUGUGGGGCGGUGGGGCGACUUUUCAAAGUCGUAAAAAUCAGCUGAGGUGACUUCUAGCAAAUGUGUGCAAAUGGGUUGUUAGUCUUCGUAGGACAAUCAAUUCUUAUUGGUGAAACAUUGUAAAAGAAAUUUUUUAUAUGGAAAUAUAAAUAUGAUUAUUUUUAUUUUUAAA